AUGCCCCCUCCCAGUAGUAACAAAGCCCUCUUACGACAACAGUCCAUGGCACGGCGUGCCAAGGAACAAGCCGAAUUCAGUUGGAGCGAUCACAGCAAGGGCGGCGACCAUGAUAAGAAGGAUGCUGGGACCGCCAAAAAGAAGACUACUGGCCCCGCCAAUAAGAAGACUAGCAUUACCAAGGGCAACACCACUCCGUUUGAGAAACGUUCUCCCGCCGAUCAAAAGCUCCUGUUGCAUCAAACGGCAGCUCUGUUGGUGUUUUUGGAACAACAGGGAUUGACCAAAUCCGCCUUGAAGUUACGACAAGGAUUGGAAAAGGAAAUGGGCUUGUCGUCGGUAGGGGACGACAGUGACGACGACGAUGACGAGAACGACGACGUGCGAUUGCCGGAUCAACCCAAGGGCAAGUGGAAAUUUAUAAAAUCCGAUGACUACGACGAGGAUUCGGACGAUGAAGAAGAAAGUAGCAGUGAAGAAGAAGAAGAAGAAUCGUCAGAAGAAGAGGAAUCCAGUGAAGAAGAGGAGGACAGCAAGAAAAAGAAAAAACCCAACAACAACCCAAAGCCAAAGGCCAAGCGAAUCACUUCCAAAUCCAGUGCCGCCUCCUCAGAAUCCGAGUAUUCGGAGGACAUGUCCUCGAGCGAAGAAGAAGAAGAAGAGAGUAGUAGCGAAGAAGAAGAGAGUAGCAGUGAAGAAGAAGAAGAAAAACCCAAAAAGAAAAAGCCAGCAGGCGCAGGCGCAGCCAACAACAAGAAAGGCAUCAAACCCAACACGAACGCCCACAUUCAAAUCAAGGGCAUCAAAAAGUUACCGGCCGCCAAGGGAAAGAAAAAAGGCCCCAGUCGCGCCAAAUCUUUUGAAGACCUAAUGCCCUCCUCCAAUCGACGCGGGAUGCGGCGUUGUGUCAGUUUCAGUGACGACCCUCCCCUCUUUAAAGAAAUCCCCAAACCCGAUCCGGAUGACAAGAAACACCUCUACUACAACAAACAAGAGAUUCGACAAUUUCGAAAGGAAGAUUCCGAGGAAAAACAACGAGAGACCGAACGAAAACUCAAAGAAGCCAUGGAAGCCGCCAGGGAAGAGACUAGCUAA